AUGAACAAACUGUAUAUCGGAAACCUCAGCGAGAACGCCGCCCCUUCGGACCUAGAAAGUAUCUUCAAGGACGCUAAAAUCCCGGUGUCGGGUCCCUUCCUGGUGAAGACGGGCUACGCGUUCGUGGACUGCCCGGACGAGAGCUGGGCCCUCAAGGCCAUCGAGGCGCUUUCAGGUAAAAUGGAACUGCACGGGAAACCCAUAGAAGUUGAACACUCGGUCCCCAAGAGGCAAAGGAUUCGGAAACUUCAGAUACGAAAUAUCCCGCCUCAUUUGCAGUGGGAGGUGCUGGAUAGUUUACUAGUCCAGUAUGGAGUGGUGGAGAGCUGUGAGCAAGUGAACACUGACUCGGAAACUGCAGUGGUAAAUGUAACCUAUUCCAGUAAGGACCAAGCUAGACAAGCCUUAGACAAACUGAACGGAUUCCAGUUAGAGAACUUCACCUUGAAAGUCGCCUACAUCCCUGAUGAAACAGCUGCCCAGCAAAACCCCUCCCAGCAGCCCCGAGGACGCCGUGGGCUUGGGCAGAGGGGCUCAUCAAGACAGGGGUCCCCAGGAUCAGUGUCCAAGCAGAAACCAUGUGACUUGCCUCUGCGCCUCCUGGUUCCCACCCAGUUUGUUGGAGCCAUUAUAGGAAAAGAAGGUGCUACCAUCCGGAACAUCACCAAACAGACCCAGUCUAAAAUUGAUGUCCAUCGUAAAGAGAAUGCAGGGGCUGCUGAGAAGUCAAUUACGAUACUCUCAACUCCUGAAGGCACCUCUGCGGCUUGUAAGUCUAUUCUGGAGAUUAUGCAUAAGGAAGCGCAAGAUAUAAAAUUCACAGAAGAGAUCCCCUUGAAGAUUUUAGCCCAUAAUAACUUUGUAGGCCGUCUUAUUGGUAAAGAAGGAAGAAACCUUAAAAAAAUUGAGCAAGAUACAGACACUAAAAUCACAAUAUCUCCAUUGCAGGAAUUGACGCUGUAUAAUCCGGAACGCACCAUUACAGUUAAAGGCAAUGUUGAAACGUGUGCCAAAGCUGAGGAAGAGAUAAUGAAGAAAAUCAGGGAGUCUUAUGAAAAUGAUAUUGCUUCUAUGAAUCUUCAAGCACAUUUAAUUCCUGGAUUAAAUCUGAAUGCCUUGGGUCUGUUCCCACCCACUUCAGGGAUGCCACCUCCCACCUCAGGGCCCCCUUCAGCUAUGACUCCUCCCUACCCACAGUUUGAGCAAUCAGAAACGGAGACUGUACAUCUGUUUAUCCCAGCUCUUUCAGUCGGCGCCAUUAUUGGCAAGCAGGGCCAGCACAUCAAACAGCUUUCUCGAUUUGCAGGAGCUUCAAUUAAGAUCGCUCCAGCUGAAGCACCAGAUGCUAAAGUGAGGAUGGUGAUUAUCACCGGACCACCAGAGGCUCAGUUCAAGGCUCAGGGAAGAAUUUAUGGAAAAAUUAAAGAAGAAAACUUUGUUAGUCCUAAAGAGGAGGUGAAACUUGAAGCUCAUAUCAGAGUGCCAUCCUUUGCUGCUGGCAGAGUUAUUGGAAAAGGAGGCAAAACGGUGAAUGAACUCCAGAAUUUGUCAAGUGCUGAAGUUGUUGUCCCCCGUGACCAGACACCUGAUGAGAAUGACCAAGUGGUCGUCAAAAUAACUGGUCACUUUUAUGCUUGCCAGGUUGCCCAGAGAAAAAUUCAGGAAAUUCUGACUCAGGUAAAGCAGCACCAACAGCAAAAAGCUCUGCAAACUGGACCACCUCAGUCAAGGCGGAAGUAAAGGCUCAGGAAACAGUCCACCACAGAGGCAGAUGCCAAACCAAAGACAGAUUGCUUAACCAACAGACGGGCGCUGACCCCAUCCAGAAUCACAUGCACAAGUUUUUAUCUAGCCAGUUGUUUCUGAGGACCAGGCAACUUUUGAACUCCUGUCUCUGUGAGAAUGUAUACUUUAUGCUCUCUGAA